AUGGUUCAUCCAAUUUAUGAAGCUAAUGAGAAUAAUCCUUAUGGAAAUCUCACCAGGCAAGAGUUCUUCAAGAAACACCAAAUACUCCACCAAGAGAGCUUCAUGUUGAACAAAAGUAACAUGAAAAUCUACAACCAGUCAUGGCAGCCAGCAAACUCGGCUCAUCGGCUUAAAGGGCUCGUAGGAAUGAUACAUGGCUACACAUCAGAGAGUAGCUGGCUCUUUGAACUCAAUGCUGUAGCCAUAGCCAAAGCUGGAUUCUUCGUUUGUGCUCUUGACCUUCAAGGCCAUGGCUUCUCAGAAGGUCCACCUGAUCAUAUCCCUGAUAUUCACCCUUUGGUUUCUGAUUGCAUUCAGUACUUCGACUCGGCUCGAGCCACUCAUCCAAAGCUUCCACCUUUCCUCUACGGUGAAUCAUUAGGCGGUGCACUUGCCAUACUCGUGUGCUUGAAGCAAAAAACUGCAUGGAAAGGCUUGAUUUUGAGUGGAGCCAUGUGUAAAAUUUCAAAGAAAUUCAAACCUGUAUGGCCUAUAGAGAAAUUCCUCCCUGCAGCUGCUUUUGUUGCACCUUCUUGGAGGAUUGCGAUCACUAAACCUCCAGCUAGUAAAUCAUACAAGGAGAAAUGGAAGCGAAAACUAGUCGACCGGAGCCCGAAUCACCGGACGUCGGGGAAGCCGACCGCAGCAUCGGCAUUACAACUUUUGAAAGUGUGUGAAUUUGUAAAGAGGAAUUGCCAUGAAUUAGAAGUGGCUAUGCUGGUUUUGCAUGGAGGUGAUGACAGAAUAUGUGACCCUAAAGGAGCUAAAUUCCUGUAUGAAUCAGCAAAUACUAAGGACAAGAGCUUGAAGAUUUUCCAGGGUAUGUGGCACCAGUUGAUUGGUGAACCAAAUGACAGUGCAGUACAAGUGUUUAACACUAUAAUUUCGUGGAUAGAAAAGAGAGCUGAUCAAUGUUUACCCAAAAAUAUAUGA